CUGUCGAUAAUUACGUGCAUAGGGUGCGGUCUGUCGAUCUUGGGAUGCAUUUUAACAAUCCUAACCUACGCCUUCUUAACGUAAGUACGUAAUCUUAAAUUGACCCAAAAAACCCUUCCUCACUCUCGCUGCAACGCGGUCGUUUGUUUUUGUUUUGAAAAUCGCGCUAUUGUUUUGUGGAGCACUUAGGUUUUCCCCUCUCUAGUCACCGUCAAGGAUAGGAAACAACGGAAGAAUAUAAACUCUCGCGUGACAUGCUUCGCGAGAAGCGCGAAACGCAUGUAACGCGCGCGUAAAAAGAUGCGGAAUCAUCGAUGUCCUACAAAACGACCCUUAACGUACAGUUCCCCAGCCCUGAAUUUAAUUUAUAUCAUUCGUUUUAAGCUAGGGUGGGGAUACUUCGAGAUUUUGACGUGUAUUUACGCUUCUAGGACCUCCGACACAAGUAAGACGCACACUGCUGGCGAUUGUUGUUGCACGAACUUGACUGUUUGUUCACCUUAACUCUGACGUUAUUUCGCCAAAUGUUUAAAGCUUGUGAUGGCAACAAAGUGAAUUUGCUUUUUGUAUUUGUUAAACACUUGCAGUAGUCUCCGAUCACCGAGGCAUUUUAUUCACAUGAAUUUGGUUACUGCCAUUUUACUUGCUCAAGUUUUGUUCCUCAUAGCAGCUUUUGGAGUAAGACCAGAGACAUCAAAGGUGCAGUAAUAAUCAACUCAAUCUUGCAUUUUACUCUAAGAGUUGUUCUAACCUAACUUAAAUCACUGAACACUCACUUAUAACCGUGUAUCAAAAGGGCAAGCUACAUCUACAAUGAAGCACACCCUGCUGCACCACAAUAUCAGGUCUAUUGUGAUCCCAGUGGUAAGCUAUUUGCACGAUGACGUCAUUUUACUACAGUAACUGCGCUCAGAAUCCACCAGGGUUUUGCUUUCUCAAGUUGUGCAAAUUACGGCUUUUGUUAUUCAAACCUCGCUGAGAAUAUCAAAUUUUUUUGCUGCACUGCAUCUUUUUUAAUGUUAUACCAUAAUGCAACAUAAUAACCGAACCCAAUUCCUUUGGCCUAGGGUUAGAAUGAGGUAGAAGUCUAUUCAAUAAUUAUUAUUAUUAUUAUUAUUAUUAUUAUUAUUUUAUUAUUAUUAUCAUCAUCAUCAUCAUCAUUGUUAUUAUUGUUAUCUUCAUCGUUAUCGUUAUUACCAUCUCUUUUUUUUUUUUUUUCAGAUUGGUUGUUACGUUAUUUCAAUCGGCCUGUUCUUCUUUUUCCUCUGUGUUUUUUCGUGGAUGGUUGCUGAAGGACUCCACAUUUACUUCAUGGUGGUCAGAGUAUUUGAUUCCGGCAGAGGAAGGAAACUAUACUACCUGCUUAUUGGAUGGGGUAAAGUCGAUAAUCAUCAAUAAUUGUUUUAUAAUUCAUUCAAACAUUUUCUAUUCUUACCUUCUCGUACAUUGCUCUGUUUCUGAUAAUAACUCUAUGAAACGGAAUCCAAGACAGUCUUUGAUUCUGCUUGAUUCCACGACAAGGAUUCCCGGGAUUCUAGGUACUGGAUUCCAAAUUCCAGUAGCUGGAGGGAUUCCGGAUUCCUUAAGCUGUAUUCCGGAUUUCAAAAUUCAGGAUUUCCAAAAUUCCCGGACUCCCUUACGUGGGACGAUGAUCAGUGAUUGGCUGAACUAACGCUGGCCAAUUGUAACUAGUACCUCACGCUUUUGAUUUUGUUAUUUUCCUUUCAGGUUUCCCGCUCAUUGUUACUGCGAUUGCCAUUUCUAUUUUUCAGUCUAAGCUUUUUUCAAAGGAAAUGUAAGCAUAUGUGAAGGUGACCUAUUAACGAACAGUGAAAUUAAUCGUCUAUUGCCACACCAAUUCACUUUGCAUUACGAACACUGAAACACGUUGUGAUCAAGGCUGGUUUUAACGUUGGGGUAGAGCUAGAUCAAGGCGCCAGUGGCUUCGCAGCCCUUUGCUCUCUAGAAAGUGCCUUUUUUUGCGUCUCAUUGUCUUGGAGGCUUAAUAGGGACAUUAUGAUCCGACAACGGCGACGUCCAUGAAAGCGUCUCUAAAAAAUAGACUUAACAUCACUCUUUUUCGUGAUUAUUUCAAGGGUCCCAGUUACUUAAAAGAAGGGAAUUUGGGUUGGAGCUGAAGAAAAAGGCACCGUGCCCGAGUUCAGACACAGAUGGUAGAAUUUAUCGCCUUGCCGUUCCCUUUCCCAAAUAUACUUAAAAUUUGGUCAUUUCACGACGUAGUUGUGCAGGGACUGCAAAGAAAUGUACAAAAAAGCGUGAUGCACGUGCAGAGUUGUUGUUUCGCUCAUUAAAGAUAUUGCUUUUUUGACUUUCCCGUUGUCGUCGACGUCGUAGUUUCGUAAGGUCCUUAUUAAAGCUACUUAUUGACAAGCUUUCGAUCUGGUGAAUGUUUUCAUGCAUGAACAGGCUAACCUAAGCUAAGAUGUCUAAUCCAAUGAAUAUAUGAUAUACUUUGCAUUUAAUGUUGUUCAAAUUUUACCUUUGCCAAAAUAUAUUUACCUUGAUUUGGUUUUAAGCACUGAUAAGGCAUGAUAACGAGUUUGAAACAAACAGAAACUAGAAUUCAAGCCAAGGAUAAAAUUGAACCACAAUAUAAAUGCCGUUAUUAGACGUCUGCGGGGGAGGCUAUAGAGUGAAGGGCGAUAACUGCAAAACGGGGCGACUGACUGACUGACUGCAGUCAUUUUCCUCCGUUUACUUAGUUGUUGGCUUUCAGUUGACUCUGGUGCCAUUUGGAGCUUUGCUGGACCUGCAAUCUUUGUUAUUUCGGUAGGUGUACAUAACUAAUACAUAACUGAACUAUCUUAAUUUUCAAACUUAAAAGCAAGUGACAAACCUACAGUAGCUUAAAGGGCCUAUGUCAUGUCACUUUCCAUCUUUUUAAAGGAUAAAACGACCACGCCUUCGUUAACCUGCAAUCAGGAGUUCUUUUUUCAGGGAAAGCGCAAAGGAGGACUGCCUGAUUGCAGGUUACGCCUUCGUAAUUCAUUUGAAUUCCAAAGAUAAUGGCCCAGUUAUGUAAUUCAAAACGGUUUCCUGUCGUUUUGCGCAACGGAUGGUUAGGAUGGACAUGAUAAGCUUGAAUUGAACUCUUGAAAGGCUUGGGCCAACUUUUGUCAAGUUUUACUCAGUGCUUAAUGGCCUGCAAAAAUCGCCAAAAAUUAUUUUUUUGGGUAAAGACAGUGGUAAAGGUGCUAAGUAAUGCGGACUUCAGCACAGAAUUGACCAUAACAACAAUAUCUUCGUUACAGAGCCCCUUUAAACUGAAUUUCCGUGUGUUUUUCAUUGCCAGAUUAACCUCGUUAUCCUUGUAAUGGUCAUGCGGGUAACUUCUAAAAUGCUAAAUGAAGAGUCGGCAUCUGGCCAUUCCAGUUUAAGGUACAAAUCAAGACAUACCAUGUUAGUAUUAAUAAAACAGUAACUGUUUUUUGUUGUUGUUUUUAUUUGUGCUAACAUGUGUUUUUUUUAUGCUCAGCAACAAUGCAUUAGAAGGAAACACAUGUAAGGGAGCCAGUUUGAAAAUGAAUAAAAAUUAAGAGAGAAAUAAAAUAAAAUAAAGAUCGAACACUUAGUUCCUCGUUCUCGAUCGGUGUAGAAAAAAGGGAAGGAAAUCGUGCGUGCGGAUAGCGUCUGUUUUUGAUUUUAACGUCUCGCGUUGAUUUGCUCUCCCUUUUUCUUUGUUUCUCUUCACUGCUAUGUAUUAAUGAAGAUCUUUGGCAAAAGCUUUUGUUACGCUACUUCCAAUCUUGGGACUGACUUGGGUGUUUGGUCUUCUCUCCGUCAACAACACCUCUGUAGUGUUUGAAUACCUCUUUGCCAUCUUCAAUUCCUUGCAGGUACGUUGCUUUAAAUGUAAUAUUGUAUUUGAAAUUGAUCCCUGUCUUGUGUGUUACUCCCCAAAGUUCCAAGAGGAAACAUUCGUACGGCUGUCUGUUGUUUUAACAUCAGGAAGAGAACUGUUCCCCUAUUUUCCCCUUCCUGAAAGCUGAAAACGAGGCCGCUGAGAAGUCGAUAUAGUCUCGCUUUUGGGUGACGUAUUAGUUGACAUCAUUAAAAGGCGUGCGGUUUUUGAGCGACGAACUUCAAGUGGACUUUUUGCAUUCUGGGGCAGUGGUUUUACCCAAAGUUUCAGGAAAAUCGUCCCUGUAAGAGUAAAGACACCUAGCAAUACAAAUUUGGUAGCGUCUGUGCAUGCGCUCGGAAGCUAUAUAUCGAAAGAGUGAUUCCAUAUCGCAUUUAUUCGGAUUAAACACCGCGGCGCCUCCGAUGUGUCGUCAAUUUUUAAGGGCGGCGUUCAUUUCAAAAUCACUUUUCUUAAAUCACUGACAAUAAUUCGAUUAAUAAUUUGUAAAUACAAUGUAAACGGAAAGAUUUUAAAGUUCCAGUGUCUCGCUUUUUUUUCUUUUUGCUGAGGUGGAAUCGUAAUUUUCUGGAUGAUGUAGAUUAGCAAGUUUUGUCGCGUCGUUCUGUUAUAAUCUUCAAAUAACGCCACAUUCUUGUAAUUGGGUGCGGCGUUUAUUGGCAAACUUCCAUCUGCGACGUUUAACCGAAGGCGGCGUUUAUUGGAGGGCGGCGUCUGAUCGCCGGGUAAAUUCGGUAAUAUUUAACAAGCCAGGCCUUCGCUCAGCUCCCUGAGUACCAAAAGGGAUCGUAACCUACCCUUUGAUCAUGAAUGAAAUGAUCUUGAAUUGCUGAAAUUAGAGAUCAACCAUUUUCUUUAGGAGCAUUUUGAGAAUUGUUCUUCUACUACUAAUAGUUCUGUAGAUAUUAAGUACUUCGCAAUUUUUAAGGCGUUUAUUGAAAAUAGUGACCUUGGGUGAAUAAAAAGAAGUGAAGAGAAAAGUGUUUAUACUAGUUGAACCACAGACCCCGUGAAAAACGAUGCCCGUCGCAUAAAUUAUACUAACACAUUUUUUUUGCUAAAUCAAAACAGGGUCUUCUUAUCUUUCUGUUCUAUUGCGUAAAGAAUACGGAGGUG